AUGGCCAUCGAGAAGGACUAUGAUGUCUUGGAGCGGUUGGGAGAAGGAGCUUUUGGAAAGGUGUACAAGGCGAGGCACAAGAAGACCGAGGAGCUUGUGGCCGUGAAGCAGAUCAAAUUGGGCGCUAAGAGCUGGGAUGAGGCUUGCAAGUCAACAGAGUUGGCGGCUUUGCGACAGCUGCGACAUCCCUUCAUUGUGCGCUUGAAAGAGUUGCUUCGUAACCAGCUUGAUGGAAGCUUGUAUUACAUCUUCGAGUAUGUGGACAGCGAUUUGUUUCGACUCGUGCGGCAAAAUCCAUCUGGACUGGAAGAGUCCUUUGGAGCGGUCUUGGCCCGGCAGCUUUUUGCAGGUUUGGCCCACAUCCACCAGCACAACUUUUUUCACCGUGAUAUAAAGCCAGAGAACAUUCUGUACGAAACCUCUCGGCAAGUUCUGCGCAUUGCGGAUUUUGGCGAGUCGCGGUCGCUCCGUGCAAGGCCCCCUUUCACAGACUACGUGGGGACUCGUUGGUACCGUGCACCUGAGUGCCUGCUGCGAGACCGUGGCUAUUCCUCUCCGGUGGAUGUGUGGUCAGGCGGCCUCGUUUUUGCAGAGCUCCUACGUGGAUCGCCUGUGUUCAUGGGCACCUCCAGCAUUGACCAACUCUACAAGAUCUUUUCUGUUCUUGGGCAACCAGUGGCCGACUGGCCAGAGUUUGCACGCCUGGCAGAAGCUUGUCGCUUUCGAGCUACUUCAUCCGGGAGCGGCCUACAGUCUGUGCUGCCUCGCACCUCGAGCCGUGCAGUGGCAAUCCUUUCGGAGAUUCUUAUGCUGAACCCUCGACGGCGGCCCAUGGCAAAGAAAGUCAUGGAGCAUAGCUUCUUCAACUCUUUGCCGCUUUUGGAGCUGGAUCGCUUGGACACUGCGCGCUCGUGUGGAACUUCUACUUCCACCAUAAUGAACUACUUGCCAGAGCGAAGCGAUUCUCGAAACUCCUUUCAGUUCACCGACUUGCACCAGGGCUCGAUGGAUUUCGGACCGAAGCCACAGGUCUCCAGGCCAGAGACACCCAAUUUGCCGAUGUGCCCACCGAGCCGACCCAAGAGUGAGGUUUGCGUUGACGACGUUGAUCUCGACGCAGAGCUUGACAAGAUCUUGGGAGAUGCACCACGCUACGCGGAGGAAGCGGAGUCUGUGGAGCCACAGCCAGAGUACCCACUCAGGGUUGGGAGCACGGAUAGCUUCGCCCUGGAGGUGGAAGGCUCCCCAUUGACAGAGAAUGAUUUGGAAGGUGAUUCGCACCGGCGAGGCUUUCCUGACAUUCCUCCGCUGCACGUGACCGCCAUUGGAAAUUCUCGGGCAGCCUCGCCGGACUCUCCAGGAGAAAUGGUGGAUGCCCUCCUGAAUGAUCUAGCUGAAUUGGGCGUAGGCGAUGACCUGCCGAGCUCUGGUCGCCAGCCGCAUCCACCACCGCCCUACGCCGGCUCCCUGGCCGUGGAGAAUGAGAGGGAACGCAUGUCAAUGCUUGUUCCACAGGAGUUGCCCUGGAGUCCUGAUGAAUGUCUUGAGCUCCGGCGGGUUGUCAAGCGAAUUGUCCGAUCUGGGAACUCCGACGCCUCUGACAAAGAGCAGAUCUGGUUGGAGGUCAGCCGAGAAAUGGGCGGACGACGAGCACCCAGAGAAUGUAAGGUGCAAUAUGCCCGGGACUAUAAAGCUGACAAACUCAGAAGAGAGGCAAUGGUCAGCGCCUAG